AGUUGCUAUCAGAUUGCCAAGAUGAGAGGGCUCACCAGCAACGCGCUGUUGUGGGUCUUGCUGCUUGGCCUGCUGGUUGUGUACGAGACUCGCGCUAAACUCGGCUCAGUGCAAGAACCCGGAGUGGAAAGGCUGCACUCCGAGGCAGAGAAAUCCCUCCUGUCAAAACCCAGCAAAGAAAAUGGACCUCAAAGCUACGCCACGAAACUCCGGAGGACGCUGAGGGAAACAUCUGCCGACGCCGGAGCCAACUCUGCCCAGAAGAGGCUGCAGAAGGCAUCUUCGUCGAACAGUGCAGUGAAGCCGAUGAAGAAGAGAACGCCUGGGAAGCUUACAAAGCCGAGCUCAGAGAAGCUUCAGCCUAACGGAGGGAAUAAAGGGAAUCCCGGGAGAAAGAGCACGCUUCCUGCACAUGGGAAACGAGGCAAUGCAAAUGAGCAGAAGCAAAAUGCAAAGAGACUGAAGGAAGGUGGAACCAGAGGCAAAGUCAAUGAAGACGGAGAUGGCAAAAAGCGAAAGGUAUCUAAACCCGGUGAUCGUAGAAAUGGCAAAGACAGGAACGAAGGGCAAAAUGAUAACAAGAAAGAAGCUACAGGCGGUAAAAAGAGGGGAGAUGCUAAAGAGGAGAAAGAUGUAAAAAAGAAUGGAGGGAAGCAAGGCAACAAAGGGGGCAGGAAGAAGGACGAGGAAGGAGGCAAAAAGGAGAUUAAAAAGACUGACAAAAACGGACAGAAAGGUAAUGCAGGGAAGGGGCAGAAGAAUGGCCAAAAGGAAGGAGAGACUGGCAAAAGAAGGAACAACAAAGCCAACAAAAAACAAAAGAAAUAUGAGAAACAGGGAAAGAAAAGAAAUAAGAAAGGCAAGGACCAGAAAUACAACAGAAAAAAUAAAGGAAAUGUUAAAGACACAAGAGAUAAAAACAGAAAACGAAAUAACAAAGGAAAUAAACAAGGCAACAAUAGAAACAGUAAGAAAGAAAACGGCAGGACGAAGAAACAAAACGCAGAGAAAGAAAAGAAAGCAAAGAAAGAAGAGAAAGAAGAGAAGAGAAACGAAAAGCGAAACAAAAAACAAAACAAGGACAAAAAAGAUGGAAGUGGAAAAGAAGGCGAGAAAGAUAAGAAAAACCAAGAUAAUAAGGGAAGGAAUAAUAAAAAGAACAAAGGUGAAGAGAAGAAGAACAAAAACGAAAAAGAAAUAAAGACUAUGAAGAAAGUUCAAGAAGGACGCGGGAUGGGGAAAGUCCCCGAAGGAAAGAAAAAGGAUGAUGGACCGAAGAGGAACGACAGGUUUAAGUGCGAGGAGAAGAAAAAGUGCACAAAAUUAAGCGGUAAAUGUAAGAAAAAUAAGAAAAUCACUGAUGACAACUGUAAGAACUUCGUGAACAAAGGAUGCAAAAAUAAGCCGAACGCUCAAUGCACUUGCUGCUUAAAAAAUGAUAAGUGCAAGAGUAAAUACAUGAAGAAAAGAUGCAUCAAAAAAGGAGGGAAAGCUAAGCUCAAAGAGAAGUGCAAGAAAGAUUCCAUAGACAAUGCUGUUCAUGGCGACCAGUGCACGUGCUGCCUACCCUGCAAGACAACCAAAAAGUGCAAGAACAAGAACGGCAAAUGCAGCACGACUUGCAAGCAUGGAGUUUGGGAAGGCGUCAAUUGCAAAGGCAAAGGGUGUCAAUGUUGCAGGAAGAAGAAAGAUAAAGAUGUCACCGAAAGCCCAACGACACCAGCAGGAGGAACAACACCAGCAGGUGGAACAACGCCAGCAAGUGGAACAACGCCAGCAGGUGGAACAACUCCAGCAGGUGGAACAACGCCAGCAAGUGGAACAACGCCAGCAAGUGGAACAACUCCAGCAGGUGGAACAACGCCAGCAGAUGGAACAACACCAGCAGAUGGAACAACGCCAGCGGGUGGAACAACGCCAGCGGGUGGAACAACGCCAGCAGGUGGAACAACGCCAGCAGGUGGAACAACGCCAGCAGGUGGAACAACACCAGCAGGUGGAACAACGCCAGCAGGUGGAACAACGCCAGUGGAACAACGCCAGCAGGUGGAACAACGCCAGCAGGUGGAACAACGCCAGCAGGUGGAACAACGCCAGCAGGUGGAACAACGCCAGCAGGUGGAACAACGCCAGCAGGUGGAACAACGCCAGCAGGCAGGUGGAACAACGCCAGCAGGUGGAACAACGCCAGCAGGUGGAACAACGCCAGCAGGUGGAACAACGCCAGCAGGUGGAACAACGCCAGCAGGUGGAACAACGCCAGCAGGUGGAACAACGCCAGCAGGUGGAACAACGCCAGCAGGUGGAACAACGCCAGCAGGUGGAACAACGCCAGCAGGUGGAACAACGCCAGCAGGUGGAACAACGCCAGCAGGUGGAACAACGCCAGCAAGUGGAACAACGCCAGCAGGUGGGUCGACACCGGCAGGUGGCACAACUCCAGCAGGUGGAACAACUCCAGCAGGUGGAACAACGCCAGCGGGUGGAACAACGCCAGCGGGUGGAACAACUCCAGCAGGUGGAACAACACCAGCAGGUGGAACAACUCCAGCAGGUGGAACAACACCAGCAGGUGGAACAACACCAGCAGGUGGAACAACACCAGCAGGUGGAACAACUCCAGCAGGUGGAACAACGCCAGCAGGUGGAACAACGCCAGCAGGUGGAACAACGCCAGCAGGUGGAACAACGCCAGCAGGUGGGUCGACACCGGCAGGUGGAACAACGCCAGCAGGUGGCACAACUCCAGCAGGGGGAACAACGCCAGCGGGUGGCACAACUCCAGCAGGGGGAACAACGCCAGCAGGUGGAACAACACCAGCAGGUGGAACAACACCAGCUGGUGGAACAACACCGGCGGGUGGAACAACACCAGCAGGUGGAACAACACCAGCUGGUGGAACCACACCAGCAGGUGGAACCACACCAGCUGGUGGAACCACACCAGCAGGUGGAACCACACCAGCUGGUGGAACAACACCAGCAGGUGGAACCACACCAGCAGGUGGAACAACACCAGCAGGUGGAACAACACCAGCAGGUGGAACCACACCGGCAGGGGGAACAACAGCAGGUGGGUUGAGCACAACGAGCGGACAAACUACAAAAGAUCUAUCAACAACAGUUGAUGUAACAACUGCAGAUGGACAAAGUACAACUAAUAUCCCAACGACUAGUGUUAUGCUAACUUCAACCAGUUCCUCAACCACUAAUGGAGGACCAACCACCACUAGUGGGCCAACCACUAGUGGAGGACCAACCACCACUAUUGGAGGACCAACCACCACUAGUGGAGUACCAACCACCACUAGUGGGCCAACCACUAGUGGAGGACCAACCACCACUAGUGGGCCAACCACUAGUGGAGGACCAACCACCACUAGUGGGCCAACCACUAGUGGAGUACCAACCACCACUAGUGGGCCAACCACUAGUGGAGGACCAACCACCACUAGUGGGCCAACCACUAGUGGAGGACCAACCACCACUAGUGGGCCAACCACUAGUGGAGGACCAACCACCACUAGUGGGCCAACCACUAGUGGAGGACCAACCACCACUAGUAUGCCAACCACUACAGCUGGACCAACUACAUCAGAAGGACCAAGCACAGCAACAGCUGAGCCAACUACAGCAGCCUCAACCAGGUCUGUGUUAGACGAAGUUCAAGACUUGGCAAACGAAAUGAACAACGCCGUAGCCGAUGCGGAAAAAGGCCGCCGCCGGCGUGAUCUUCGGCAAAAGAGGCAGGGCACCACCACUACCGUAAAUAUCGAAGUGAUCGUCAAAAUCAGCGUAGAGAUUACGAGCUGGCUGGUUGACAUCGAGAGAAUUACUGACAGCGAUAGAGUGUUCAUUCAGUCUACCACGACGGCAGUUAAGCAAAUGCGAAGCGAAAUACAAGCAGGAAGUACACUGUCUGUGUCUGCCAUAAAGAUUAUCAAAACGACUACAAAGAAAUCGGUUCGCCUUGCUAGCAAGCUCAUCAAGGUUGUGGAAAGAGAGGAAAAACAGGAACAGCUUUCAGUAAAGAAAGAGCUGAUAACAAAGGUUCAGCAGUCGGUCACGGAUAUCCAAACAUCAAUGAGCACACUGCAACAAUCAUUAACACAGGCAGGCUCACCCGUGGCAGGUGGUAUUACCACCAGCGUGAAUGUUAUUGUGAAAAUAUCAACAAUCUUGCAGGGCAUCAUAAAGUCUGGCCUUGGUGCCAUCACCAGCACUUCUGCAGCAACUCUUACUAGUUCCGAGACAGAACUUCAGACACUUAUUUCUCAAGUUCAGAGAGGCACCGUCACUUUCACUUCUGAAGAAAUCACUCUUGUUGAGACAACACAAUCGGAAAUUACAACAGCAACUACGAAAAUUACAGCAGCACAGGAGAAGAAUAAGGCUAUGGAGUCUUCCCAGACACAAGCAGUUCUUCUUGGCAGUUUAUCAACUGCCACAUCUAUUGUUAAGGAACAAAUUGAUCUACUAACAUCAGCUAUGAAUUCAGUCACUGAAGGAACAGCCUCCGUGUCAGUAACAAUAACAACAAGCCUUAUUACUUUAUUGAUUAAUCUACAAACAUCUGUUGAAUCUGUUACUGAAGCACAAAUUCAGGAAAUCAAGGCAUUUGAAGAAGAAGCUACAAUAAUCCUCACAAAUGAAGCCUUUACAAUAACAAAUCUCCCACAACUUAUAUCUGCAAACAACAAGUUAGCUGCAACAGUGAAUACUAAAAUUGAAGAAACCCUCUCUCGUGCUGCCAUUACUGAAUCUCUUGAUAUAUUCUACGAGGUUUCAUUCUUCGUAUUUUCUCUAGUGGAAACUGCAGAAGAAAUUCAGAGCAUAACUUCAUCCAGCACCUCUACACAGAGUAAUACAAUCAUUACCAACACUCUGACUUUCAUUCAAAAUAUCAAAAUAACUAGUCUAACUAAAGAAGAUGUGACCAUGCUAGAAAGUUUAUAUGAUGAUAUGAAUACAUUCGUCGACUCGGUAGAUUCGUCGGUUGGGUUUACUGGUAUUGAUGAUAUUAUCGUGGAGGGAAGUCAAAUAGAUAACAAGUUGUUUGAAAAAAUCCUCUCUCGUGCUGCCAUUACUGAAUCUCUUGAUAUAUUCUACGAGGUUUCAUUCUUCGUAUUUUCUCUAGUGGAAACUGCAGAAGAAAUUCAGAGCAUAACUUCAGUCGUGAGGGAAGUCAAAUAG